AUGGGAUCAAACAUUGAAGAUCCAUUUUAUGAAAAUUUAACAUUAGGUUUAGUUAAAGUUCUUGAAAAUACACCGGGAAUAUGUGAUGUACAAUUGGAAAAUAGAUUACCAUGUGAACAAAUGCAAAUAUCCAGCUGGGAACAAAGACAUAGUUGCGUUUUACCAAAUGAUAUGAAACAGUUUUACUUAUCAACUGAUGGUUUUAAAUUAACGUGGAAUUAUGAAUAUGCAGGUGAAAUUCUAUCAAUUGGUAACAUGAAAAUAAAUUCUUUAGCCGAUUUAAAACGUAUGGGUGGGAUAAAAGCACAGGGGGAUACAGAUUGUCCGACAUUAUUUGAUAUUGAUAUGUGCAAUCAAAAGGAUGAAGAUGGAAAACCAAAUUUUUGUCUCCGUUGUAAAAUAUUUGAAAUUGAUUCGUGUCACGGAAAUGGACGAAUUUGUUUAGUUUAUUUAGAAAAAAAUGAACAUAAUUUAGAUAAGAGAGAAAAUCCAAAAAUAUGGCUCCUUGAUAGCAGAUUCGUUUACAAAAUAUUUUCGAAUGAUGUUGGUACAUCAAGGUUUACCCCAAUGGCAAUAUCGUUUUACCACCAUGGGACUCACUCAGUUUUCUGA